AACGGCAACGAGCAUCACUUCCGGGGUGAGAGGACAGCGGACGGGCUCAAGAUGGCGGCGCCCGACGAGUUGUUUUGCUGGGAGGGGGACUGGGGCCUGCCGUCCGUCAGCCCGGACUGCCUGGUGGUGCUGGCCUACGCUCGGUUCGCCGGAGCUCCACUCAAACUUCACAAGAUCUCCAACCCGUGGCGGAGCCCGAGCGGUUCUCUUCCCGCACUGAGGACCAAUCAGAAGGAGAUCCUGUCCAGGCCCUCUGACAUCAUCAUCCACCUCAGGAAACAGAAAUACAACGCCGACUACGACCUGUCAGCCAAGGAGGGAGCCGACAGCCUGGCCUUCAUCUCCCUGAUGGAUCAGAAGCUGAUGCCCGCUCUGAUCUAUACUUUCUGGAUCGAGCCAAAGAACUACGUGGACGUGACUCGCCGCUGGUUCGCUGAACACAUCCCCUUCCCUCUGAACUUCUUCCUGCCCGGCCGGAUGCAGCGGCAGCAGCUGGAGAAACUGCGGCUGGUCAGAGGAGACGAAGGCCUGGAGGCCGGAGAGGAGCUGGAGAAGGAGCUGUACCGGGACGCCCUGGAGUGCAUGAACCUGCUCUCUCAGCGCCUCGGACAGCACAAGUUCUUCUUCGGAGACUCUCCCUCGUCUCUGGACGCCUUCGUGUUCGGGAACUUGGCGCCCAUCUUCAAGUCCAAACUUCCCAACGCGAAGCUGCAGCAGCAUCUCAAGUCCCUGGACAACCUGACUCACUUCUGCUCCAACAUCCUGCUGCUCUACUUCCCCGGCGACGGCCGAGAGAGCAGCAGCAGCAAGCCGCCCUCCCCGCCUGAAGGGGGCGACUUCGACCACGUCCCCAACAAGCGGCGGAAGCAGUUCCUGUCGGCGCUGGUGGCUCUGGGCGCCAUGCUGAGCUACGCCCUGCUCAGCGGCAUGGUGUCCAUCCAGCACGGCCAGCAGGAGGCGCUGGAGCGCUCGCCCGGCCUGAGAAGCCUGCCCUCGCACGACGACGAGGAAGAGGAGGAGGGCUGAGGAAGACGUCAGGUCCACCCCCUCCCUCCCCCCCUCAUGAUGUGAACUCCUGUUUUCUACGGGCAUUUUAUAGAGAAAUGUGAUUCUGUUUAGGAAAAUAAAAAACACAAAAGUUACUCAGAAAAUAUUUAAUUGCAUCACAUCGUCAGAGAAAGGAGCAAAAAAGAGCCGAGAUAAAAUUUAAACAUCUGAGCCGGUUUCAGAUUUAAAUAAAUAAAUAAAUAAAUAAAUAAAUAAUUCCCCGAGCAGCCGGGCUUCAGUGAACUGAGAUCAGAUUAUCGCUUCAGGUUCAUCCGCUGGGUUGAAUUACAGCAGAAUAACUUGUUUGUGUUAAUCUGCAGCUUUUCUUCUUGUGCCACUUGUGUUUUUUCUCUUUUCACACACGGGCUCAUCAAAUGAGAAGUCAUUUGCUUUUGUCAUUUUUGUUUGGUGCCAAAUUCUCCUGCGACACUUUGGCAUCUUUCAAACGCGUCUCAGACAGCAGGACGGGGGCGGAGCCACUUUCUGGGAUCUGCAAAAAAAAAUAAAAAUUCUCUGAUUUUGAAAAUUAUUAUUUUUUUAAAAUCAUAAACGUUUCAAGCUGCAACACUGCGAGUCUGGCUUGUGAGGCUCGUCGUCGCUCGAGGGCAGACGGAAA